AUGGAUUUGCUUUGUCAUCUCGGCAGCUGCUGAUUAGCGGGGAGGCUGGAGGAUGAAGAAACAGGAGUUAAUAACAGACGUUAGUCAUGGAGACUUGAGAGCCUAAUAAAAGCAGAUCAGUUUUGUUGGCCCCUAAUUGCACAUUUGUUUUUUCAACCGAGCGGAGUUUGAUCACAGUCUUAACUUGAGUGUUGCUUUUUGAUUCCACACCGUAUCAGAUCAUUGACUCGGGGCCAGUAGCUCUUGCCUCUGCCAUUCCUCCACCUGAUAACCCUGUUACACACGGCGCUCACGGACAGUUUGGUCUGUAUGUGUACUGUGUGCAUCCGCGCAUAACUGACCUGUUGAAUAAUAGCCUCCUCACUCUUGAAGCCUGCGUCUCAACAUCCUCCAAGCCCGGCGGGGCCAGUGGGGCCCGCCUCUGCUGACGUUGUCACGGAGACUCAGUGGGAUGUGUGGGGUCGUUACUUAAAGGGACGGACGCGCUUCCCUGCCGCCCACACAUCCCAGGAACGCCAGGACCAAAAGGAAUAUCGCUCCGAUUUCCCACCUCUUUUUUUUUUCUCCUCAAAGAAAGAAAAGAAAAAAAACUUCUCCUCAGUGAGAGCGAAACUCUCGGCAGUCCCAGGGGAAGCUGUGUCUCAUCUGCUAUCUGAAUUUACUCUCAACAUGCUGCAGGGGUCUCUUGUUCUGCAUCUGCUAGGCCUUCUGUCCUUAAUAGGCAACGCCUAUGGAUCGGAAUCUGCUGUGCCCAUGCCCAUCACCUGCACGACGCGUGGAGCGGACCUGACAGAGACGCGCCAGAUCGUGCUGUGCCCGUCCGACUGUGCACAGUACAGAGCUACGGUAUUCGGCACGGGAGUCUACGCGUCUGUGUCCAGUGUAUGCGGAGCGGCAACGCACCGGGGAGUUAUCGGGACCUCUGGCGGGUCCCUGAUGGUGCACAAGCUGCAGGGCAGAGCCAACUACCUCAGUUCCUACUCCCACGGAGUGCAUUCUCAGCCGCUCUCCAGAUGGACUGCGUCUUUCACUGUCACCAGUAGGGGGAGACAUUUCACAAAGUGGGUAAGUCCACCUCUGGAGGUCUCCAGUCAGACCAGCACUGCUGCACCCGUGCCACCAGGACCAGUUCCAGUGAAGAAAGCAGCGGUGGUGAAGAAGCUUCCAAAGAAGCCCAUCUCAGCGGGUAACAGAGACUGUCAGGUGGAUAUAGCUGUGCUCCUGGAUGGCAGCUCCAACAUUGGAAGGCGGCGCUUCAUACUGCAGAAGAGCUUCAUCAGCAAGCUUGCAAUGCUGCUGCGUGUCGGAGAGAAUGGACCUCACCUGGGAGUGGUGCAGGCCAGUGAUAUGCCCCGCACAGAGUUCUACCUGACUAACUACACUCAGCCCAAAGAUGUGCUCUUUGCCAUGAAAGAGAUCGCCUUCAUGGGCGGAAACACCAACACAGGUAAAGCCAUCAUUCACACCGUGGAGACCUUCUUCAGCUCGGAUCUGGGCGUGAGGCGCGGGCACCCUCGGGUAAUCGUGGCGUUGGUGGACGGCUGGCCCUCAGACAGCCUGGCAGAGGCGGCGGUUCUGGCCCGAGACUCUGGCAUCAACCUGUUCAUGGUGACCGUGGCCAAGCCCAGCCCCGAAGAGGUCAGCAGGGUCAGUGACCUCGACUUCGUGAAGAUGUCGGUGUGCAGGGACAACGGCUUCUUCACCCUCAGCAUGCCCAGCUGGUUCAGCACCACCAAGUUCAUCAAGCCCCUGGGCCAGAAGCUGUGCUCCAUCGACCAGAUGAUGUGCAGCCGCACCUGCUACAACUCCGUCAACCUGGCCUUCCUGAUCGACGGCUCCAGCAGCGUGGGCGAGGGCAACUUCCGCCUCAUGCUGGAGUUCAUCGCCUCGGUGGCGGGCAGCUUCGAGGUGUCCGACGUGGGCACGCGCGUGGGCGCCGUUCAGUUCACCUACGACCAGCGGCUGGAGUUCGGCUUCACGCAGCACCCCACCAAGGAGGAGAACCUGCGGGCGAUCAGGGGCAUCCCGUACAUGAGCGGCGGCACGGCCACGGGCGACGCCAUCACCUACACCGUCAGGAACCUGUUCACCAACAAGAGGCCCGGCGGCAGAGGGAGGAACUUCCUGAUCGUGGUGACGGACGGGCAGUCCUACGAUGACGUGAGAGGACCGGCGAAGGCCGCACAGAAGGAAGGCAUCACCGUGUUCUCCGUGGGCAUAGCCUGGGCCCCCAUGGAUGACCUGCGCGCCAUGGCGACGGAGCCCAAAGAAGCGCACACCUUCUUCACGCGCGAGUUCAGUGGCCUCGAGCAGUUCCAGCAGCCCCUGGUCAAAGCCAUCUGCAGGGAUUUCACCGAAGCCAUCUAACCUGCUCUACCACACACACACAUAUGAGCACUGAGGGUUAGAGAGCAAGGCCAGUGUGUGUAAGACACACACUGUUUGAGAGGGGGAGGUGGAGGAGGAGGAGUAAAGAAAGCAAGUCAUACAUGACACCCCCCCCCCCCAGCCCCCACCUGUGGGACACAGGUCUGCAGUGUAGUUUUCUGAGCUUUAAAAAAAAAAAAAUGUUUUAAUUGUUUUUCAAGAACAGAAAUGUGUUCACAAGAGAUGGUGGUCUUGUUUUAAUAUUAUGUAAGGAUGUAAGGUCUUUUUGCUUUGGUGAUUUUCUUGAAGGGUAUUUGUGUAUGUGUGGUGCGUGUGUGUUUGUGCAAGUGUUUGCGUGUUUGUGGAACAGGCCAGCUCGAUCCAAAUGCCUCCAAUGAAAGUAGACUGCUCGGAUUCAGGAUUCAGAAUAUGUUUGUGUAUUGCUGUAGGCCUAUCUAUUAUCAUUCACUUUCUCCUCGGUUACACAGAAUGUAUUUAUUGCUGAUAUACUUGUAUGUUUUGAUCGACUCUGAGGCUUGGGUACAGGUGAGAGUUUCCCUCCUGUUUCCAUGGUGACUCUUUGGACUCUGUGAGAAAAACUCUGAUCUCUACCCUUUUAAGACCGCACUCAGUCGCUAUCUGAAAGGAGCAUUCGAAACAAACUGGGCUUCACUGUUGCUGUCGCCUAUCGAGUUCUGAGCUCUUUGUUUUAUGCCGUCCUGAGGAGACUGGCGCAGAGAAAUUGGACUGAAAGGUCACCACACCACUGCUCCUACUGAGAGACACGACUCGAAGCACGACGGCCAUCCAGUGUGACUGACGGCAGUAAAUGUCACGUCCAUAGUUAAGUCGUAAAGGCGCUCACAAUAGUGAGGUUGGCGAGGAAAGCGCCCAGCUGUUUGUGGUUCUCUGCGCCGUGCUUGUUGUUCUCUCGUUACUUUUAGCCGCUUUCUGACACUGACGCCUCGCACGCGCAGGUAACCUUUCUGUCUCUGUAUAUCUUUACAUAUGCAUGUUCACCUCUUUACGAACCUAGGGUGGGAAGGGGACAACAGAAUGAUUGUAUAUUUCUGUCAUAAUUUAUUACUUUCCUCUCAAUAAAGGACAAGGUAUUUUUACAAUUUGA